AUGUCUCUCCCAUUGACCCGGUCGUUACCCCGGACGGUCUUCCGUUCCUACGGGACUGUUCAGGGUCCCUCCAGCGCUACGUCGCUGGCCAACCGUAUCCCCAGCGUCCUGACCGAGGCCACCACGGCUGCUACCCCACGCACCAACUGGACCAAGGAAGAGGUGAACCAGAUCUAUAAUACCCCAUUGAAUGAACUCACAUAUGCGGCGGCCGCCGUACACCGCCGAUUCCAUGACCCGGCAGCGAUCCAGAUGUGCACGUUGAUGAACAUCAAGACGGGUGGGUGCAGCGAGGACUGCUCGUACUGCGCCCAGUCGUCCCGGCACAGCACGGGCCUCAAGGCGACCAAGAUGAGCCCAGUGGACGAGGUGCUGACGAAGGCCCGAACGGCCAAGGCCAAUGGUAGCACACGGUUCUGCAUGGGUGCCGCGUGGCGGGAUAUGCGCGGGCGCAAGACCAGCCUGAAGAACGUCAAGCAGAUGGUGUCAGGAAUCCGCGAGAUGGACAUGGAAGUGUGUGUGACACUGGGCAUGAUCGACGACAGCCAGGCCAAAGAACUGAAAGACGCCGGUCUGACGGCCUACAACCACAACCUCGACACGUCGCGCGAGUUCUACCCGACCAUUAUCACCACGCGCUCGUACGACGAGCGCCUGCGCACCCUGGACCACGUGCGCGACGCUGGCAUCAACGUCUGCUCGGGUGGUAUCCUGGGUCUGGGCGAGUCUGAUGCCGACCGUGUCGGUCUGCUGCACACCGUCUCUAGUCUCCCCGCUCACCCGGAAUCGUUCCCCGUCAACGCCCUGGUCCCCAUCCCCGGCACCCCGCUCGGCGACCGCAAGAUGAUCCCCUUCGACCGGGUCCUGCGCACCAUCGCCGCUGCUCGUAUUAUCAUGCCCGGUACUAUCGUCCGUCUUGCCGCCGGUCGCAUCUCGCUUUCUGAGGAGCAGCAGGUGGCUUGCUUCCAGGCUGGUGCCAAUGCUGUCUUUACCGGUGAGAAGAUGCUGACCACCGACUGCAACGGCUGGGACGAGGACCGGGUUAUGUUUGAGCGUUGGGGAUACUACCCUAUGAAGAGCUUUGAGCGAGCUCGGAUCCCAGCAGCGGACUCUACGACCACUGCGCCGCCUCCCACACAAUCCGAUGCCUCUGCUGCGCCGGUCGCAGCCAGCUCCUAG